GACAGGGGGUGGCGUCGGGGCUGGCCGCCGUUUUGCCGCAAGAAGGGGGGGGACAAACGUGUCUGGGAGUGUGUGCGAUGGUGACAUGUGACAACAUGAGAUGAGACCCCUCGGACGGGAGCGGCCACCCGGCUGCGGAGCCAGCGCUGCCUGAUCCCUGCCCGCUCCGAGCAUCCCUGCCAACAUGCCACUGACCUGUGCCUCCACCUCACCUCUACACUGCCAUGGCCACUCUAGACACGCUGCCCGUUCUCAGUGACCCGACUUACCCCAUCCCGGAGAACUUCCAUAGUUUUUCUCCCCGGCCAUCCCAACCCAUCUCUCAGAGCACCAUGGGCAGCGUGGGCAGCGGCGUCGCCAACGACCAGGAGUUUGCCAUGAAGAGCGUGGGCACCCGGACGCAGAGCAGCAGCCGGCAGACGGAGGGCUCUCGCAAUGGGUAUUCCACACGGGACAUCUCCAACCGCUACUCCGGCGAGGAGAAGACAUACAAGACAGAGAAGGUCUCCAAUUCCCUCUACAUCAACGGCGACCUGCGCAAGAGUGAGAAGGUGAAGAUGGACAUCUGUGGGAACGUGACCACCAACAACGAGAAGAACAUGCCGCCACCUCCCCAAUACCGAGAGCCCAACAACCCACCAAAGAUAUUGCCAAUCUCCGGCAAACUAGACCAGAGCAAUGAGCCCUUAGUUAGACCCUCAGCCUUUAAACCAGUAGUUCCUAAAAACUUCCAUUCCAUGCAGAACCUCUGCCCGCCGCAGAGCAACGGGGUGACAGAGAACAGAAAGAGCUUGAACCAUGCCAACAGCAAUAGCCCGUCCGCACCCAAAAGUGGACUCGACAAGAGCAGCCUUAACAGGACUACAAACCAAGUGGGGGGCCUUUCAGAUUCAGGCCGUAACUCAUUGACAAGCUUGCCCACCUAUGGGACAGGCUACAGCCAGCAUGUGGGUCCAAUGAGCGCCUCCACCAGCCACAUCAACCGCAUCGGUACAACCUACGUGGACAAGAACAUCGUGGGAUACAACGGGAUAUCUACCUCAGACAGUGGGCGGUCUUCGAGCAAGAGCACCUCUUCGUUCAACAGACUGAACCAUCUCAAUGAGACAAUGCCUUUCCACUCGCCUUCCACGGACGAUAUCAUCCAAGACUUGGAAGACCGGCUGUGGGAGAAGGAGCAGGAGGUGCUCCAGAUGCGAAGGAACUUGGACAAAAGCGAGGCAGCCAUCUUCCAAGUGUUUGAGGAGAAGCAGAAGAUCUGGGAGAGGGAAAUGGAGGACUUGAGGCAAAACUACGCCAACAAGUUGCAGCAGGUCUCCAAAAAGGCACAGCGGGCUCAGCAAGCUUUGCAGCUCCAGAUCUUCAAGCUCCAACAGGAGAAAAAAAAACUCCAGGAUGACAUGGGACAACUCCUGCAGCAACGAGAGGAACUGGAGAAGAAAUUCGUGGCUUUCAAGAAGGAGCAGGCUGAGUUUCUCCCAAAGAUUGAGGAGACCAAGUGGGAGGUGUGCCAGAAGGCAGGCGAGAUCUCCUUGCUCAAGCAGCAGCUGAAGGACUCCCAAGCGGACGUCUCCCAGAAACUGAACGAGAUCGUGGGACUGCGGACGCAGCUCAAGGAAGGUAAGAACUUCCUACGGGAGAAGGAGGAGCAGAUCCUCACCCUGAAGGACUCCUACAGCUCCAAGAGCGUCAACCUGGAGAUCUGCGAGAGCGAGCUGCAGCGCAAGAUGAGCGAGGUGCAAGUGCUGAGGGAAAAACUGAACCACUGUGAGCUGGAGGUCUCCAGCCUGAAGCGGACACUUGCCAGUGUGGGACCUCCGGGACCUUUUGGUGGGGAUGCUGGGGAGAAGCUACGGGACCCGUUGGCUUGUGAGAGCGAUGAAGCCAAGAUGCAGCGGCAGAGCGAGGACAGCGUCAACACGCUGCGGAAGGAGGUGGAGCGGCUCCAGACGGAGCUGAAGCUGGAGCGGCAGCAGCGGGAGCAGCAAGUGAUGGACUUUGAGGAGGAGCGGCGCACGUGGCAGGAGGAGAAGGAGAAAGUCAUCAAGUACCAGAAGCAGCUGCAACUGAACUACGUGGAGAUGUACCAGAAGAACCAGCUCCUGGAGCAUAAAGUGAAUGAGAUGAACACAAAGGCCACCAGCCCCCCGCACACCGAGGAGAAGAAACCAUGGACGCCCUCCAGACUGGAGCGAAUAGAGUCCACCGAGAUCUGAGGUGGCACCAAGACAAUACGACCUGAUUUCUGUAUUGCUGUGCAUGUGCUACCUACUCAAGCCAGUGAUCUUCCGAAGGAUAAUACUCUACCGUAGGAGCGGUGUGAGCCUGCUCGCACCGAGCUCCACCACCCUUACUCUCUACUUCUGUGCUCCGUAGGUAAAAUAACUGUGGAUGUGCGUUGUUUUUCUAUGGAUAAUGCUACAUCUCCUUUGGGUUUCUUUCCUAGUACAGCUGGUGAGGGUCAGUUGGCUCUUUUGUAAUCUGCCGUGACUGUUACUUCGCUAGAAGCUGCCAUCCCCUCUCCUACAAUUCACCCCUCUUCGGUUGGUGGUUUUGGAGGGUUGUAGUUGGUAUCUUUGGGUUUCCCAAGCAGCAAAACAGUUCAAAGUGGCAGGUUUUAAUCAGAGCAUUUUUAGCCACAUUGGCUAACGGAGCAAAGCUCUCGGGAUCGUGAGCAAGCUCACUGGUCUGCAGCAAGUAUCCUGUCUAGACGGUGGUCUUAGUGAAGUCAGUGCGGGGUUGGCCACUGACUUCAGUGAAACCAGACAUAUCUCUACCAGAUGACUCCCUCUUGCCAGCCCAUGGCUGCCAUGGUUGCAAGAGGUCAGGACAUCCUUGAGGAGCAGGAUGAGCCUGUCCUAGUAACAUAAGCCAACAAGGAAUGAUCACCCAGCGGGAGCCUCUUUGGAGGCUCAGCAGAGCUGUGUUUUCAUUUCAUUGUGCUUUCCUCCUGCAGUUCCAUUCCUCUCCUGGCUUGUGUUCCACUCUCAACCCUGGGAGAAUAAAUACCCUCCCACCUCU